UCGAGGCUUAGUGUAUGUUUCAUGUUUGACCAGUUGUCACGCUUUGUUACUCAGGACAAUAAACAUUCCAUUUAGAAUUACUAUACUAUGUCAGGUGUGUUUAAUAGUUACAGUUUUUAGUUCGUUCAAAGUGAGCAAUUAAUACAACUUAGUCAUUCUUAUAUACUUAUAAUUACAAUUAUUUUCUUUGUUUACUUUGUUUUAGGUUAUGAUUCAUGUAGUACAUUCUGGUCUGUACAUUCUUUUUAUCAAUUUCAUUAUUUUAAUUCUUAUUUUAUCUUGUUCAUGGAGAACAAUUAAAACUAAUUAAAUUAUGUUGAGUUUUAUAAUAUAUGUCCUAAAAAUAGUGUAGUGUUUUAAAUACUGUCCUUAUGUUUAUGACAACAGUAUUUAUGUACAAAUGUAAAGUUAUAUAUAUAUGUAUAUAUAUAUAUAUAUACAAGUAUUAUAUUAGUUUUUUAAUAUAAUAUAACAAUUGUCAAAAGAAAGCAUCGAAAUAUCUUUCUAUUCAAUGAAAACUCUUUGUACUUAUCUGUAUAAUUAAUAUUUUAAUCUAAAUUAUUUACUUUGAUAUUAAUAAGAAAGUAUAGACUUGCAUUUAAACAUAUACAAGUGUAAUAAAUUACAAUUGCAUUAAAAAGUACUUAGUAAAUAUUUUUAAAUAUGAUAUUACUAAAAGAUGCCCCAUGGGGUUUACAAAUGAUUGAAUAUAUAACAUCUAAAUGUUGUCCUCAUCGUCGUAUUAAUCGACUUAUAUGGCAUCAAGGAGGUAUAUUCGCUCUUACGUAUUUAUCAUAUACCUGUUACCAUAUGACAAGAAAGCCUAUAUCUGUGGUAAAAAAUGUAUUAAGCCUUAACUGUAGUAAUUUAUCACCACCACCUGAUAUUAUAAUUAAUGAUACCAAUCGAGAUACAUGGUGUGAUUGGGCUCCAUUUGACACAUCAAAUGCUCCAGCAUUACUUGGUAUGUUAGAUUCAGCAUUUCUAUUUGCAUAUGCAGCUGCCAUGUUUCUCAGUGGAUUUAUUGCUGAACGUGUUAAUCUACGUUAUUUCAUUUCCCUUGGUAUGCUAACAUCUGGUAUUUCUUGUUAUUUAUUUGGAAUUGCUAGAUCAUAUAAGAUACAUAAUCUAUGGUAUUUUAUUUUGGUUCAGGCUGCAGGUGGAGUAUUUCAAACUUCAGGUUGGCCAGGUGUGGUAACAGUUGUGGGAAAUUGGUUUGGAAAAGGAAAACGAGGCUUAAUUUUUGGAAUAUGGAAUUCUCAUACAUCUUUAGGAAAUAUAUUGGGCACUUUAAUUGCAGCUAAAUUUGUUGAAUCUGAUUGGGGUUUAAGUUUCAUGAUACCAGGAGCUAUAAUGGGUUUGGCAGGAUUUAUCAUUUUUUUAUUCUUAGUACCUACACCCACUGAUGUAGGAUGUUCUCUUCCUAAUUCUAUUGGAUAUAGACAAUUAGAUGGAAAUAGUUCAGAUGAAGAUAGUAUUGAAGAUGUUGAAGAAUCUCAUACUAAUGGAGAAGAUGAUUUAGCAAGUUUAAGAUCUGAAACAAGUCCAAUGUUAUCAACAAAUAGACGUUUACAUAAUCAUGCCAGAGAAAAUGCUAUUGGAUUUUUUGGAGCUAUAAAUAUACCCGGUGUACUCGAAUAUUCUUCUUCAUUAUUUUUUGCCAAACUUGUAAGCUACACAUUGCUUUACUGGUUGCCAUUGUAUAUUGCAGUUUCAAGUACAUAUAGUACAACAUUAAGUGCAUAUUUAUCAGCAUUAUUUGAUGUAGGAGGUAUUGCAGGUGCAAUAGUUGCUGGUAUUUUAUCAGACUACAGUGGUAUGAGUGCUUUAACGUGUGCUGUAAUGCUUGGAUUUGCAAUUCCAACAUUAUUUAUUUACGAUUAUUUAGAAAGUAUGAGUUUAAGUAUUAGUAUACUAUUAUUAUUAACAACAGGACUGUUGGUUAAUGGACCAUAUGCUUUAAUAACAACUGCAGUAUCUGCUGAAUUAGGAACUCAUCCUAGUUUGGGGGACAGUUCCAAAGCUUUAGCAACAGUCACUGCAAUUAUUGAUGGAACAGGUAGUAUUGGUGCUGCAGUUGGUCCACUAUUAACAGGAUUUGUUUCUCAAUGGGCAGGAUGGCAUAAUGUUUUUUAUAUGCUCAUGUUUGCAAACAUGUUAGCUCUACUUUUUUUAUCCAGAUUAGUUUAUAAAGAUAUACGAUUGUAUGCACAGCGACGAAGGGCUGUAUAAAUGAGAUGUAUUUUAAGAUUAAGAUACAAGAACUUUUUUAUAAAUGUAAAUGGAUUGACUAUGUAUAUAUUUACAAAAUUAUUCAAUUUUAAUUUAACUAUUAAUUAUUAUCGUAAAAUAAAUGAUAUAUUUUUACAAUAA